AUGCCUACCCUGGCGCAACAAGAGUCCGAAAAAGAUCCAUGGGAUCAAAAGACCAAACAAAAGUUUGAAAGCAAAUCGAAGAGCGAGUUUUACGAUCCGUGCCAAGAAGCCGCGCAACGGAGCUACAAGUGCUUGUAUCGCAACGGGGGGGACAAGGCCAUGUGCGGCGAAUACUUCCAGGCGUAUCGCGAGUGCAAAGCGGCUUGGGUCGAGAGGAGACGGAAGGAGAAGGGUGGCUUUUUUGGUUGA